AUGAGGGAACUCAAAGACUACGCUGCAAGAAGAUUGAUGGUAAUGGCACCAGGAUUGUUUGUUCAAGCUGUUCGGGUAACGAACAGAUUAGCAGAAGCGAUAGGACAUAACUACGAACAAAUGGAAGCCGAGAAGGGGGCGGAAACAGAGCGAAAGAAGGCUAUCAUAGAAGAUGAGCUGAAGGCACAGGUUGCAGCUACCAUGCACAAGCAAGUGACAAGUUAUUCUGCUGAGGAAACCGACUUUCAAUUGCAGCCAAUUCACAUUACAUUCAAUUUUUGCAAAGUAAUUUCACAGUCCUCGGAGAAAGCAAAGGCUGACACAGAAUUUUACCGCGCACAAAGGGAGGCCGAGGCAAAUCAGUUGCUGCUGACGCCGUGA